AUGAAUGCAACAAUUCAAACCAAUGGAACCUUAUCAAAAGCAUUGGAAGCAUUGCGUUUAAGUACAGCUGUUCUAGGAGUAUUAAUUUAUGUUGCUGGAUUUAUUGGAAAUUUUUUAUCAUUUUUACUUUUCAUACAAAAAGAAUUACGUCAAGUGUCAACAGGUCUUAUUUUUUUAUUACUUAAUAUAUUUAGUACAAUACAUCUAUUAUCAUUAAUUGUUGAAUUUCUUUCAAGCAUUUUUGAAUUUCAAGUUUUGCCAUACGAUAUAUUUCGAUGUCAGUUUAUAUUAUUCCCUCGACUGUAG